AUGCUCAACCCGGCGGGCGGCGGCGGCUCUGAGAGUUCGCCUGUGAUUGGGCGCCUGCCGGAGGGCCCAAAGUGUACGCGUUCCCUCGGCCGCCGGUACCGCCGAGGGCCGGAGCGUCCCGAGACGCACCGGCAGGUACAGGCCGCACCGCGCCGCCUCACCUGGAGCGGGGAGGUGUGUGGGGGGCACCCCCGGCGCGCACCGCACUGCCUCACCCCCUCGGGUACCCGCCAUUCCCAGCGUACACCGCGCUACCUGGCGGGGAGGACUGACGCCGUUCCCGACAUGCACCGCGCCAUCACCUGGGCGGGGCGGGGCAGUGACGUUGCUUCCUGUAGUUCGAGGAGGGGUCUUUCCUCGGGCGGCUUCCCGCCUCACGCUUCCUCAUCCUCCCCCGAACGAUCGUCCUGUAUCAAGAUUUCCUCCAGUCCUUAUAAAUACCAUUAGAAAUGAAUCUCAAACUCAGGAAAAAAAAGGGGAUUUAAUUCUCAGUCAAAGAGAUUUCAGUAUAACCAAAAUGAAACCCCAGGCCCAGGAUUCUAUAGUGUCACUCAUCAGUCUGCUGAGAUCAAUGGCACCUCAUUGCCAAAGAAAGGAACCACAUACUUCCCUUCACUGGUUCCAUGCACUGCAUGCAAGAAAAUCUCCAACUAUCCAGCUGCGAAUGCCUACAAGAUCCUGUCCUGUUUUCAGCCCAAGCAAGACUUCAGCAAGGAAAACCCUAGCAUGUUUCAACACCCCAUUGCUAGGUAGAUUGAGAAAAUCCCCACUCCAGCACCCAAUCAAUGCUAUACCUCUAUGGAUUUCUGCAAGCAAAGCAACUACGUUUCUGGCCAGACAGUGUUUAUGUCCAAAACCACAAGAGGAUUAAAUUUGGAAAGGCCUUCUCCUUGUCACUGCGACAUCAACGAUUCCCUCAUCAAGGUGUCUCCCAAGGGUAUAACAUCCUGCUUCAAGUCAAAGACCUCCCGCCUAACAAGGAUGUACAGAUUUACUCCAGAGCCUGCAACCUAACAGCCACAUAAACCGACCAAGGAAGCAAAGAAAACUCCUUUUAGGUAAGAAUUCUGCUUGACUCUCUCUGCUCCAGCCAUCCCACCUUGUAAAGAUCCUCCCUCACCUGGGCCCGGGCAAUACAACCCUGUGGAUUACAAAGGGUCUCCAAAGCAGGACUGCUCAAAGCAGACUGCGUUUGUCUCAAACACAGAGCAAUGGACAGAGCGCGGAUAACAGGAAGCGUUCCCUGGGCCAGGCGCUUAUUCGCCCAGAGCACUCGGGAAGUAUUCCUUCAUCUACAGCUACGGUAGAAAGUGGCUCCUGGCACUGUGAGCAGCAGAACCCGGACACCAGAGCAGGGUCCCUCAAACAGGACUUCUGUCAAACUCUGCAAAGCACACGCUAACUCACAGUAAGCAGUCCUGUCCUCAGCCUGCCGUGGUUGGCUCACUGAUAGCUCAGCAGCUAAUAAGCGGUACUUGGUACUGUAUAUUGGAAAAUGAUCAUUAGCUAAAGUUGAUUUGACAGCUUCCAGUUUUGUA